CCGGCGCAUGCGCCGGCGGCGGGGCGGAAUUGGCGAGCUCGCGCCCGCCCCUGCGGGUUACCCAGGAGGCCGCGCGGCGCAGAGGUCAAGAUGGCGGCGAGGGCGUCUGUCGCAGGAGGUGGUCGCCUGAUAGACAGCAUUCGCAAGUGGUACUAUAAUGCAGCUGGGUUCAACAAGCUUGGAUUAAUGCGAGAUGAUACAUUGUACGAAGACGAUGAUGUAAAAGAAGCACUGAAGAGACUUCCAGAACAUCUUUACAAUGAAAGAAUAUUCCGCAUAAAGCGAGCAUUGGACUUGAGCUUGAAACAUCAGAUCCUUCCGAAAGACCAGUGGGUGAAGUAUGAGGAGGAUAACCAUUAUCUUGAACCAUACCUAAAAGAAGUAAUCCGUGAGAGACGUGAAAGGGAAGCAUGGAAUAAGAAGUAACUAUUGAACUACUUCAUGAAAAUAUCCACGUAUUUCUGAUAUUUUUAAACAUUUAGUUAUAAAAGUCCACAGAGAGGCAAUUGUGUGGCUGAAGAAUACUAUUUCAGCUUGUUCAUUGAGUCUGUUCAUCCAACCAAAAUAAACAUGUCGAAGUAAAAAAUC